GCAUUUCGCGCCCUGAAAACGCCGCCUCCGCCCCAUUGAUCGGCCAAAGUUUUUGUUCUCACCGAAGGAACGUUUCGAAGCGCUCCUCGUAAACAAUAAAGAUGCUGCUGCUGAUGCUGCUGCUUGUGUUGCCGACGAUGUUGCUUCUCCCGUGGGCAUCUGCGACCGAUGCUCAGGAAGGGAAUCGUGGCCGAGGAUUUGGGGAGCACAUCAACUGGCGGCCGUACGAUGACGCACUCAAGGAGGCGAAGGCCAGCGGACUGCCCAUCAUGCUCAUCGUGCACAAGUCCUGGUGUGGAGCGUGCAAAGCUCUGAAGCCGAAGUUUGCGCUGUCGAAGGAGAUCGCCGAGCUGAGCCACAACUUUGUGAUGGUGAACGUGGAGGAUGAGGACGAACCAGAGGCACCGGAGUUCAGUCCGGACGGCGGCUACAUCCCCCGAAUCCUCUUCCUCGACAUGGACGGCAAGGUGCACCCGGAGAUUAUUAACGAGGACGGCAACCCCAAGUACAAGUACUUCUACAGCUCGCCCAGCCAGGUGCUGGCAUCCAUGGCGGAGGCCGAGAAGAAGCUCACGGGCGACGUGACGGGGCGCGACGAGCUCUGACACCAACGCCGCGGAGAGGGGGGCUGAGCCUGCACGCACGCGUACACACGUACACACGUAAACACAUACACACGCGUACACCUUCACAUAUAAACAAACACACACACAUACACCUUCACAUAUAAACACACACACGCGCGUACACACGCGUUCAUAUAUAUACACGUAUAUACACAUAUAUACACAUAUAUACACACACACGUACACACACACGUACACACGCGUACACCUUCACACAUAAACUCAUGCACAGAUGCACACUUGUACACGUACACAUCCACAUAUAAAGCCACACACACACACAUAGACAUAAACCCAUACACACGCACAAAUACAAGUACAAAGAUCCCCCGUGUAGCCUUAACAGACUGUUGGGGCAAGUGCUGUUAGCGAACACCUCGGAAGGCCGGAACGGCACACGAGGGGGUGAGUGGCCAGCACCACGCCCGACCGCCUUUGUCUCCCUAUUGGCGAUGUUUACACACACCGCGCACCAGGUAAUCAUUUGAGGCCGAGUUGACCUAGGGGAGGCCCCGGUUCAGAUAAUCGUCACCGGUGUUGGCCGCCAGCGGGAAUCGAACUCGGGUCGCCGGUUUCGUAGCACAGCGCGUUCACCGCUACACUCCGACGUACACACACACGCACACACGCACACACACAUGCACUAGGCAUGUAACGAUUCAUCCCCGCGCCCCCCCCCCCCCCCCCCAAAAUAUUUCGACAAAUCGUCACGAUGCAAACUCUUGAUCAGAUCCCAGAUUCUAAUCGAUAUUUCGCUCUGGUCUCGAUUCUCACCGUCUUUCAUUUGUAUCGUUUGUCCUCUCUCUCUCUCGUCCAUGCGCCCACCGUGACAUGUGCCCCCCCCCCCGUGGCAAAUCCACCACCACGGCAAUUUGUUUGGACAUACUUCACCGCGCCGGUGAACGGAGACGGGCGCUUCCCCGCCCCCCACCCGCCAGAGGUCGCAAACGGGUUUGAUUCCUUACCCGUACCCGGCCGCACCAGGAUCGCAAUCGGGUACCCGUACCCGAUACCCGGCUACCCGUACCCGGCUGGGUAGGGUACGGGUAUCGGGUACCCAAUUGCGACCUCUGGGAUGAAGCCACGUUGCAGGCGCGGGUGGGUUGAUUCUAGGAACUUGAAUUGUGAGAAGAGACAAGACGUUGGGAAAUGAGUGACAAACGGUGACUCACCAGUGACUCACGGCCUACCCGUACCCGUACCCGGCCGGGUACGGGUAGCCGGGUAUCGGGUAGGGUACGGGUAUCGGGUACCCGGUUGCGACCUCUGCCACCCGCCCAUUCCCGGCCGUGAAAUUCACGGUGCGUGGAUAUUGGCACCUCCGAUUGGCGGUGCGAUGGAGGUUGGGGGUCGAACGUGCGGAGAGCAUUUCCCCCUGUGGCUUGCACCCAUUACGCCGUCAAAUAGUCUGCGCGAUGUCGUUUAAGAUUGGUCGUAAAAAAGAUUUGUUAGCGUGACGUGUUUUUAAAAAAUAUAUAUUUUUACGAUCAAACUUAAAUAACGUGCGUAUUUCAAUGUAAAACUGAUUGUAUAUUUUACGUGUAAAUAUAUACUCGAUCUUAGAUUGCGUGCAGUGGCGAGCGCACAGCGCUACUAUCCCAACCAUAUAGCUAAUUAUAUAUUUAUAUAUCGGUAUCCUUAUAUAAAUAUAUAUUUACAGAAAUAAUAAUAUUAAAAAUAUACGUUUUCUAUAUAAUUACCUAGAUAUAAAUGUGAGCUAUUUUGUAUCCAUGAAUGGCUGCAUCGUUACAUGCCUAAUCACACGCACACGCACGCACACGCGUAGACCUAUAACAAAGACAAAGGAGCCUGCCAACAGCCAUACGGACUGCCUGGGGCAAGUGCAGAUUAGCGAGCGGCUUUUGUCGAGGCUCUGCACAUUGGCCAGCCACACCGCACUAAGCUGCCUAUGCCGCUCUUACCGGCUACUCGUUCAUUCGGGGCAGCUUUGGGGAAGUUUGGUGGCCGUUCAAAAUGAUCGCCGGCGUUGUUAUCCACGUCCGGGAAUCAAACCGAGGGCUAUGGGAUCGUAACGUCGUGCACUGCACCACCGCUCCUCACGUGAUGUACAGCGAGGGAAAAAAAUUAACCCGUAAAAACAAAGUUUUUCACUAUAAAUCCUUUAUAUGCGUGUUCAAUGGGCCACAACCCAGCCCACAUUGGUCUUUGAAACGGGCGGCUAGAGUCCUCUCGUCCUCUGGCUUGAGAUGGCUGCCACCUAUGGGUCAGAUGAUUGCCUGCCACCAUUAAGCAAAUGGUAAUUAAAUAUAAUUUUUUUUACCUAAAAAGUGUAAAAUUUUGGGGAAAAUGUUUUCGCGAAAAUACAUUGUCAUGCACAACGAGUCUGUGUGCAAAAUGUCAGCUCGAUUGGAUCACGGGAAGUGGGUUAAAAAACGACCGAAAGAUUUGCACGGUUGUAAGCGCGCAAGCAAGCAAACAAGCAAGUGAACUUAAUAUAAAGGAUUUAAAAAGUAUUUGAUCCCCUGCUGAUUUUGUACGUUUGCCCACUGACAAUAAAAUGAUCAUUCUAUAA